AUAUCCCUAUUCAUGUUUACAAUUUUUUUAUUUUUAAUUUCAUCAUUCUCUCCACCUCAACCCCCAGUGGCUAUGCCAUAACACCAUUACCAUUACAUUCACCACUGCCAUUACCUCGAUUUUGAAAUAAUCGAGUGAUGAUUAACGUGCACUUUGUGAUCUAGGUUAUAGUGAAAAUUGUUGGAAAAUAGUGGACGAGUCAGUCGAGGCGGAUGAUUGAGUAGAGAGUUUUGUGAAAUCAUGUGAAAUUUCUUUUUCCUCGAGGUGAAUUGUUUUAUUUGUGGGCCUGUCCAGUUAUUGGAAGUAUUUACGAGUGGACUACAGUUGUGAGGGGGAUGAUGAGGGGAGUGAUAAGCGUGAUUUGCACUUGGAUAGGUGGAUAUUGUCGUUUGUGAGUAGUCAUACCGAUUUUAAAUAAUGCAGAGAGAUAACGAGGAUAUUUAACGAUAAUGGAGCUGAAGGUUUGGGUCGAGGGCAUUCAACGGAUUGUUUGUGGAGUCACCGAGACUACCACUUGUCAGGAUGUUGUUUAUGCACUGGCAUACGCCACUGCACAGUCGGGGAGGUUCACACUGGUUGAACGGUGGAGGAAUAACGAGAGAUUUUUGGCUCCUUACGAGAAUCCUUUGACGAUUUUAAUGAAAUGGGGUGAAUACUCUUCUGAUGUUCAAUUGAUCCUCCGGAGAUCGAGUACAGAUGGAACUAAAAAUCAAAAUCAAAGCUCAGUGAAUAGUCGCUCACCCCAUGGGACUCGAGCCAAUGGAAUGCAGGGAAAUCAGUUCGAUCCCCUGGUUAUCAACAGAGGCCACGAUAAUGGAAGAAAUAGUACCACAAAUUCCACAUCUGACUGCAAUGAGUCACCGGAAGUGCUCAAAAGGAAUCGGGAUAUUAGGAAGUCUCUCACGUUCAGUGGACUGCAUGGAACGUCCUCAGAAGGCAAUACCGAGGUACAAACGGAAAAUAUUGCUGUUGUUCAACCGACAUUACAAUCGAAGAGUAAGGAUGGACAGACACGUAGGAAUGUGCAGAAGAGCACUGAUUCACCAACAAGGGGCUCAACUGGUGAAGGUGUCUCCCAUUUGCAGCAGAAAAAAGUCCGAGAAGUCCCGCCAUACAGAGACCCCCCAGGUCCCGAAAGUUCCCCCCAUCGGACCCUCCCCCCCUAUCGUGAUCCACCACCCCCAAUUGUCACAAGUCCGACGCGAUCUCAAGCCUCCGAGGCAGCCAACGAUAAUUAUUCUCACCUGAAGGACGAGCAGUCCUCCCCAAAUCAUCCAAAAUCAAAACGCAAUCUCAAUCAAGAGCUGCAGGAUUCCAAGAAUCUAAUGCAAAAUAAAACACAGAAUAGUCAAUCACCUAAUAUGGUCACUGUGGCAUAUACUCAACGUUACGCAGAGCUCAUAAGACUAGUCAAUAGGCAGCGCGAUACGAUAAAUGCACAGCAAGUUGAUCUCACAAAGUUUGAUGCAGAAAUUUUGUACUGGGAGAAUAAAAAUCGAGAGCACUUCAAUCAAAUGGAUUAUAUUUCACAGGAGAUCAAUAGGAUUGAAUCCACUGGGCGUUUGAUCGAUGAACAGCUGAACGAAUUAGUUCACACAGAAGAAGAGAGCGAGUUAGUCCGCCAGCAGGAGAAGACCUUGAAAUCAGAGAUAACUCUAUUACGUUCAAAGCUAGCAAACUGUGAGACGGAGUUGCUCCAAUGCAAAAAUAAAAUUCGUCUCGUGAUGGAGGAAUUAGCCCUGGAGCAACACAACAUUAAUCGCGAAUCAGAGGAGCGUAUGCUAGUAGAGAGAAAAGUUGUCAAUGAAAUGGAGCGACUGCAGAAUGAUGUGGAGCAGGCCAAACGUUUGGCUGAGCACACUAAUCAAGCGGCUGAGGCACUAAAACAGGAAGUCUCUAAUCUCGAGGCUGCAAUUGUCGAGAAAAAAAUGCAAGUGGAGAGACUGGUUGCUGACAUGAAGGAAGCCAAUUUGCAAAGCCUGACUGUGGCCUGCCAGGACGAGCAAAUCAAACACCUGUUGGAGGGAGCUCAGAAGCCAGGAAGCACUCGCAAGAUGAUUGGUUCACCCAGACAACUAGAAACUGCUGUGCCCACUAGCAAAAAUCCACACGGUGUUUGGGUGUAAAUAAUUAGGAUUUUAUUACUGUGGAUACGUUCACAUUAAAUGAGAGAUAAAGAUAAUGUCAGCAUCAAUCAUGUGCACUGUGUGAAAUGUUUCAAUGUUUUAUUUCGGUUCGUUAAAAGUCAGUUUAUUGAAAAGAAAAUUUUAUUGUAUUUUAGGAGACGAUUGUUUAGGCCUCGAGAUUUUAAUUCAAUUUUUGUAUUUAUUCGUGUAAGUUUUUCUCAUUUACAAAAUUUCAUUUUGUAAUAGGUAAAUUUUUGAGUAAUAAAGUAUAGUACAGAAUU